CUGAAUAUGUGGGAGGGAAUCGCGUCCGCCCACAAAAGCCACAGAAUUUUUUUUACUGUGCCUCAAACGCAAUUGUGCAUCAAAAAAGUGAAUCCGGGACUGAAUUCCUCCGAAUAAUCUCACAAAAAUACAUCCGGGAUAGAAAAAAAGCGGAGGGGAAUACCAAGGGCGUGAUGGGUCGGCAUUCAUCGAUAUUUAAAUAGAAGUGGGUGGGCCUUCGCGCAGACGGAGCUCUCUGACAGAUCCGCGCAGGAAUAUUAUUUAACAAGGCCCGCUUUGGGAUCUCCGCCGUUCGACCCGACCCGCUCGGACUCGCCUGACAGUUUGUGCUCCGUUAUUGACGGGUGUUUUUGCAUUGGCACCGCCCUUCCUGACGGGGUGGGUCCGCGCGUCAGAGCUGCGCCACGGUCUGCGGCCGCUGGAGAAAAUAGGCCGUCCUUCUGCUGGGCUGCUGCCUGCCUUCCGCCUGCCUUCCACGGCGUCCGGCCUUUUUUCUCUUAAACAACUCCUCUCCGGGUUUCAUUAAUGCGGAAUGAGUGAUCAAAAGAAGGAAGCCAUGGCCACAGAUGGGGGGAAAGCUGGUGGAGCUGAUGUUGGGACGAAACGGAAAAGUUCUGGAUCCCAGGAUGCACAGCCGUCUCCUCUCGCAAUGCUUGCAGCGACAUGCAGUAAAAUAGGCGGUGUUGGCGGCGAGGGUCAGGCAGCCACGCAACAGCAGAUAAUAAUCGACCCCAACCAAGGUCUGCUUCAGCUCCAGAACCCCACGCAGCAGCUCGAGCUGGUUCCUGCACAGCUAACAGGAAACGGCUGGCAGAUCAUAGCCACUUCCCCUGCCACUGCAACCAAAGACAGCGUUCAGCAGCAAGCGGCCAAUGAUGGCGCGGCAGGACGAAAGGUCAAGUUGAUGGGUUCAAAUAAUGCACCUGGCUCACAGCAGCAGCAGCAGUUCCAAAUCAUCCAGGUGCAGAAUUUGCCGAACUCGUCCGGUGGGAUUCAGUAUCAAGUCAUCCCGCACCUUCAAACCGCCGACGGACAGCAGAUCCAAAUAAGCCCUAGUAACGCCACGGCCUUAAGCGCCCAGCCCGAACAGAUCCAGCUCAUUUCCACCGGAAACAACCAAGCCAUUCUGGCCAUGCCCCAAAGGGCGGGAUCAACCGGCAUCGUCGCACAAAACCAGACGAUUCCGCUUCAAAUCAGACCGUCGUUUCCUUUGCAGCUGCAAACUGUUCAGGGUACGCAAGGGCCUAUGGUGACCACGCUUCCUAUUAACCUCGGUGGCAUGACUUUUGCGCUGCCGGUUAUCAAUAACGUAUCAGGGGGCGGAGCUUCGGUUCAACUCGUCCAAUCAGGCGACGGAUGCAUUUCCAAUGGAAACCAAGCAAGCACAGCAGAAUCCACAAGCGUUUCGACGUUCACGACGACUAGCGAUGCGAUCGUCGCGACGUCUACCGAUGCUACAGCGUCCGCCGGGACCGAGAGCCAGAAAGAGGGUCAGUCGGGCGAGUCGGACGCCCAGAAUCUCGCUCAAUCCAACGGCCUGCAAUCCGUGUCCGAGCAGUCCGGCCAAAUCCAGCAAUUCCAAAUCGUGGGUCACCCGGUUCUCCAGCAGAUCCAGAUCCAGUCGCCCCAACAGCAGGUGGUCCAGGGCUCCAUACAGAUCCAGCCCGGCCAGACUUUACAGCCGAUGCAGCAGAACCUCCAGCUGCAGGCCUUCCAGAACCCCACGCAGGUUCUGAUCCGGACGCCCACGCUCACCCCGUCGGGUCAGAUCAGCUGGCAGACUGUCCAGGUCCAGAAUGCGGGCGUUCCCCAGCAGCUGACACUCGCCCCCAUGGCAUCGAACACAAGCGGGGGGACGUUCACGCAGAUCGCCCCGCUGACGCUCGGUGGGUCGCCCAUCACGCUCAGUGCCGCCCAGCUGUCCUCUGGGACCGGGGUGCAGACGGUGAACAUCGCAGGUUUGGGGGCGGCUGGGGUCCAGGUGCAGGGCGUCCCGCUCACCAUCACCGGCGUGCAAGGUCAGCAGCAGGGUCAAGAGGGGGUCAAAGUUCAGUCGGCCCCGAUGACGGUCACUGUUGGCAACAUCAGCAGCACGACCCUGAACGCAGUGAGUCCAGACCAGAUGGGGCAGGUCCAGAGCCCGUCGGAUCAGGAGGGUCAGCCCGGCAAGAGGCUGCGCAGGGUGGCCUGUUCCUGCCCCAACUGCAGGGACGGAGAGGGGAGAAAUAACAGCGACCCGUCAAAGAAGAAGCAGCACGUGUGUCACAUGGAGGGCUGCGGAAAGGUUUACGGCAAAACGUCUCACCUGAGAGCUCACCUGCGCUGGCACACGGGAGAGAGACCGUUCGUCUGCAACUGGAUCUUCUGCGGGAAACGCUUCACCAGGAGCGACGAGCUUCAGCGGCAUCGCAGGACACAUACAGGUGAGAAGAGGUUCGAGUGUCCAGAAUGCUCCAAGAGGUUCAUGCGGAGCGACCACCUGUCAAAGCACAUCAAAACCCACCAGAACAAAAAAGGUGGAGCGGCACUUACCAUCAUCACCACAGAUGAGAUGGAGGAGGAGAUGGACGAAGCGCUGGGCUCGCCGAGGAUCGUCACUGUGUCCACGAUCUCGCAGGAUUCGAACCCGGCCACGCCCACCACUUCAAACAAUUUAGAGGAGGAGUUUGAGUAGUUUUCCCUCCAAAAAUGAUCGGCUGAAAGCACCACAAUAUUGUUUGUUUAUAAGUUGAUUUGUUUAUGUUCUUCAUUCUUUUUCUAUCGACGAUGGACAGCUGUUUGAGCGUACUCGAUUUUUUUUCUUAUGGAAAUUUAAUACUAUCAAAUAUUAUGACAGAAUAAUCUAAUGGAAAUAGUAUGAGUUGUUAAGAGACGCGCUGAACGAUGGCGUUUGUUUUGUUACGAGUAGCACAAGAAGUACUGAAGUUCCCAGAUGCUCCUGAAGAUGUCGCUAUGCACAAAAAUAAUAUAUAUCUGUUUCGAAGUGGUUUGUGUGGAAACUUGUUUACGCCACAGGAAAAAAAUAAAACAUUUAAUGAUUUUUUUUUUCAUCUCGCAAUUC